AUGAGGAAGCCAGAGCCCUCAGCAGCAGCGGCAAAGAACAACAACAAUAAUUCCAACAACACCAGUAAGCUGAGAAAGGGUUUGUGGUCACCAGAAGAGGAUGACAAGCUGAUGAGCUACAUGAUCAACAAUGGCCAAGGCUGCUGGAGCGAUGUGGCCAGAAAUGCUGGCCUGCAGAGGUGUGGCAAGAGUUGCAGGCUGCGUUGGAUCAACUACCUGAGGCCUGACCUGAAACGAGGCGCCUUUUCCCCCCAAGAAGAAGAACUCAUCAUCCAUUUACAUUCUCUCCUUGGAAACAGGUGGUCACAAAUUGCAGCACGCUUGCCAGGGAGAACUGACAAUGAAAUAAAGAAUUUCUGGAAUUCAACAAUAAAGAAAAGGCUAAAGAAUUUGUCAUCCUCUAAUGCCUCACCGAACACAAGCGAUUCAUCCUCGGAGCCUAAAGAUCAUCAUGCUAUGCUGGCAGGAGGGUUCAUUCCUGGCCAAGAACAUGGCAUGAUGCCUCUUUACAUGGAUUCAUCACCGUCGUUGAUGCAGUCUACGGUCCUCAACCACAUGUUCGAUCCGUUGCCUAUGCUCGAUCAUGCCAGCCUAACCUUGCCCGGCGGUGCAGGUGGAUACUACAAUGCCACCCCAUGCACCACACAAAUCAAUGGAGUUGGAGGUGAUUGCUGUUUUGGAGACAAUGGAGUGUUUGGGGUUGGUGGGGGUGUUGACAUUGGGGUAGAAGGAGAGAUAUUUGUUCCUGCCCUAGAGUGUGUGAGCACUGAAGAUCAAAAUCUUAAAACUGAACCCAUCUAUGAUCAUAGGAACACCACUAAUAGCAAUUACUACAAUAAUAUAAAUAGUAUUACCAACACUAAUUACAAUAAUAAUAUUAAAGUUGAGAAUAUUGGGGUGGGAAAUUACUAUGAUGACCAGGAAGAGCUAACAAUGGGGGAGUGGGACUUGGAGGAUCUGAUGAAGGAUGUUUCUUCUGCCUCCUUUCCUUUUCUUGACCAUCAAAGUUGA